AUGCCACCUUCAGUCUCCAAGAACGCCCGCGUUGGCGUUGGUGUAUUCAUCCUCAACGACAAGAAUCAAUUCAUUAUUGGCAAGCGUAAAGGCAGCCACGGUGCCGGUACAUGGGCACUCCCGGGUGGCCACCUCGAAUUUGGCGAGAGCUUUGAAGAGUGUGCUGCAAGGGAGACGUUGGAAGAGACUGGGCUGGCGACGACGGAUGUGCGCUUUUUCACGGCAACCAACAACAUCAUGGCCGAUAUCGACGCCCAUUACGUAACCAUUUUCAUGACAGCGAAGAUUAGUGGCGAGAAGAUGGAACCUGAGAACCUUGAGCCAGAGAAGUGCGAGGCUUGGAAAUGGACAAACUGGGAACAGCUGCGGAGUAUGGCCGAGAAAACAAAGUCUGGGGAAACCGGGGCGCCGGAGCUUUUCUUGCCAUUGGUGAAUCUUUUCGACCAACACCAGGGGAUUAGCCUCUCUUGA